GUGCCGCUCGGUGCCCCCCGGUGCCGCCCGGUGCCGCUCCGCCGGCCCGGCCCAGCCCCGCAGCCGCCCCCAUGGCGCUGGAACAGGCGCAGGUCGACGGCCCCGACCCGCCGCGCCUCUGCGAGCCCGGCCCCGCCGCGCCGCCCGGCAGCGGGAGCCCGCUCUCCGCCCCGGAGAGCCCCAGCGAGCCCGGGCCCGGCGGGCAGGCGGACCCCGCGGCCGCCCCCGACCCCGGCGGCGAUGCGGAGCCCGGGCCCGGCGGCGCGGAGGCCGCGGGGCAGAGCGGAGCGGCGGCCGAGGAGCCCGACGAGGAGGCGGCCCCGGCCAGGCCGUCACAGAACAUCGCGGUGCAGACCGACUUCAAGGCGGCCGAUGCGGAUGUGAACACGGACCAGGACAUCGAGAAGAACCUGGACAAGAUGAUGUCCGAGAGGGCCUUGCUGAAGGAGCGCUACCAGGAGGUGUUGGACAAACAGAGGCAGGUGGAGAAUCAGCUGCAGGUCCAGCUUAAGCAGCUGCAGCAGCGGAGGGAAGAGGAGAUGAAAAACCACCAGGAGAUCCUGAAAGCCAUUCAGGAUGUUACAAUCAAGCGAGAGGAGACUAAGAAAAAGAUGGAGAAAGAAAAGAAGGAAUUCCUGCAGAAAGAGCAGGAUCUCAAAGCUGAAAUUGAGAAACUCUGUGAGAAAGGCAGAAGGUUGCUGAAGGAGCAGGAGGAGAAGGAAAACAAGAUUGCCUCUCUGAUUGCAGAGCAGUCUGAUGAGAAGCAGCUGUGGGAGAUGGAGCUGGACAAGCUGAAGAACCAGCACAAUGAAAUCAACAGGAACAUUCUUGAGGAGACAGAGCGGGCCUGGAAAGCAGAGAUCCUGUCCCUGGAGAGCCGGAAGGAGCUGCUGGUGUUGAAACUAGAAGAAGCAGAAAAGGAAGCAGAGCUACACCUCACCUACCUCAACUGUGCUUGCAGGUCUGCGCCGCCCACGCUGGAGACCAUGAGGCCAAAGCAGGAGUGGGAGAUGAGGCUGAACAGGAUACGUAUGACCAAGCAGAGUGUCCGAGAUCAGUUCAAUGACCACAUCCAGAUGGUGAGGAAUGGCACGAAGCUGAGCAGCCUCCCCCAGAUCCCGACUCCAACGCUGCCUCCUCCGCCUUCAGAAACAGAUUUCAUGCUGACGGCAUUCCAGCCCAACCCAUCCCUGACCCCCCGGCUCCCCUUCCCCAUCGGGCCCGUCCCUGUCCCCAUGGUCAUGCCGAGCGCCGAUCCCCGGGCUCUCUCCUUCCCUCUGCUGAACCCCGCCAUGUCCAGGCCCAACCAGCCCUCCCCACCCCUGCCCGCCUCCCAGGGCAGGAGCAGCCCGGUGGUGGCGUCGCUGCUGGGCACACACAGCCCCCACAUGGCCCCCGCUGCCCCCAUCCCUCCUCCGCCCGGCCUGGGCGGCGUUGGCGUCGCCCCCGAGCUGCCCCGGCCCCAGCCGGCCGACAAGCUGGAGAAGCUGCUGGAGAAGCUGCUGGCUCGGUUCCCACAGUGCAACAAGGCCCAGCUGACCAACAUCCUGCAGCAGAUCAAGACUGCCCGGAGGACCAUGGCUGGCCUGACCAUGGAGGAGCUGAACCAGCUGGUGGCAGCCAAGCUGGCAGAGCAGCAGGAGCGGGCAGCGGCUGGUGCUCAGCCUCUGGGCCGGAUCAGGGCCCCCAUGUUCUCUGCUCCCCUGCCUCAGAUCAGCACACCCAUGUUCCUGCCCCCGGCCCAGGUCGCCUACCCAGGAACGGCGUCACACACCCCAGCUGCCUGUAAGCUGUGUCUGAUGUGCCAGAAGCUCGUGCAGCCCGGUGACCUUCACCCCAUGGCCUGCUCUCAUGUGCUGCACAAGGAGUGCAUCAAAUUCUGGGCACAAACCAACACGAAUGACACUUGCCCCUUUUGCCCAAGCCUCAAAUGACGGCUGCUGGGACGACGUGGGCCCCUGGGAGGAGUUGCUGUGAAUAGACAGGAUCAGUUCUAAGAUUUCUACAGUUCUAUAUUUAUACGAUCAUGUAUACACAUGUACAUUUUUAUUAUAUAGGUAAUGUGUGUAUAGAAAGUCUGUAAACAUACAAAUUCAUAAAUAAAGUGUGUAUAUUAUGCAGUGA